AUGGUCAAGUUGUACGGCUUUCCCCUGUCCACAUGCACGCGUCUCGUCGCCCUCAUCUGCAAGGAAAAGAAUAUCCCAUAUGAGUUCAUCCAGGUUGACUUGGUGAAAGGUGAACAGAAGGCUUCGUCUUACACCGCCAUUCACCCAUUCGGUCAGGUCCCAUACAUCGAUGACGAUGGUUUCAUUCUAUACGAGUCCCGCGCGAUAGCAAGAUACCUCAUCAGGAAAUACCCCAACCAGGGCACCCCCUUGAUUCCCAGCGACCCCAAGGCUAAUGCCCUGUUUGAACAAGCCGCUUCGAUCGAGGCGUUCAACUUCACCACCUUUAUUCAGCCAAUUGUUUAUGAAAAGCUUUUCAAGCCGCGCCGUGGUCUGCAAACAGACGAGGAACGUGUCAGCGUGAUGUUGGCGAUGCUCCAGGGCAAGAUGGAUGCGUAUGAGGUGAUCCUCGGCAAACAGAAGUACCUUGCUGGCGACUCCAUCACGUUAGCUGAUUUGUCCCACCUGGCGCUUGGCGCUUUGUUUUACGGACUCGGAGGUGCCUUUGCUGAGGUAUUUGACAGCAGGCCUAACCUUCUCAGGUGGUGGAAGGACAUCUCUAACAGACCUGCUUGGCUUGCCGUCAAGGAUGGUCCGUGAAGUCUUGUACAAUAAGUCCGGAAAGAAGUGCGGUUUCGUUGCAUGUAACACCAAUAAAAUUCAGUUUUGACAUUUGCUACUUGAUUCAUCGCAAGAGCGAGAACUCCGCCAUUCAUGAAAUGGCGAGGAUGCAUUUACAAUUGAAAAUAUUUGCGCACGACGGUAAAUAAGAAUCUACAUCUGCGCAUGCCUCAGAUCUCAGGUAUGAGUAACAAUGUCGGAGAUCGUGUACGACUCAUCAGUAAAAGUAGC